CCGACACUCGUGGCAGGACAGGGCAGAGAGGUAGACUUUCAGUUCUAUCCCACAAACACACGGUGAAACCGUAGACGUCCCCUUUAUGCAUUUUUAACAGCUCAGCAGAUGAUGGGAACAGUUUGGUUGGGACUCUUUGUUCAAAGAUACAGACCGAAGUGAUCAGCUGUAAAUGUUACUUGUCGUUCUCAAGGUAAGGCAGGGGGUGUGCUCCUCUGUGCUUUGCUCCCUGAUCAGAAGGGUCGCCCCUCAACAUCUUGCUGACCUUUAAUCAGACGCGCAUCAGGGAUAAGAUACCUCGGCACAUCUUCGAGCGGAGACUGACUGGCAGAACAGAAUGCCUGGUUCUAGCGGCGUGAACGUGGAGGGCUCUUGCGGGGCCCUGUGUCGGACCCUGGUUUCUCAGAACGGUCUGCAGAGAGACACAGCAGACAUCUCCCAGUCUGUCCUCUACACAUCCCUGAUGGGCCUGCUGCUGGUCGCUGACAAUGAGAAAGAGCCGCUCACUGUUGGAAGUGGAAGAGUUGGCCUUAGAAACAUUGGGAAUACAUGCUUCCUGAACGCAGUGGUCCAGUGUUUGUCUCACACUUGUGUCCUGCGCAACUAUUGUCUUCUGAAGUCUUACAAGCAUGAGAAGUUUUCAAAAGAGGAGGCAAAGCUCAUGGACAGUUUCUCUCAGGUGCUCUCAGGUCUUUGGGAUGUUAGGGAAGGAGACACUGUUGUAAAUCCUCGACAGUUUUACAGCGUUUUUAAAGCAGUAGUGCCUUACUUCAGCGGUUACAGUCAGCAAGAUGCUCAGGAGUUUCUCAGGUUCCUGCUGGACAAGCUGCAUACGGAAAUAAAUCGCAGGCCUUAUGUCAAAAGGACAGGGAAGGAGCCUCAGCAGCAAUACGUCAGAUUUAGAAUUUCAGAAGAGGCGAAUGCCAUGUGGAAGAAGCAUUUGGAGAGAGAUGACAGCAUAAUAGUAGAUCUUUUCUCGGGUCAGCUGCGGAGUUCACUGCACUGCUCGGUUUGUUCGCACUACUCCAACACGUUUGAUGUGUUCUGUGAUCUGUCGCUGCCCAUCCCUAAAAGGAGCUCUGCAGGGGAGGUCACCCUGCAGGAGUGUCUGGACCUCUUCUCUCAGGAGGAGAAACUUGACAAGGAAAACUCACCGAUGUGCGAGAGAUGUAGCAGGCGUACAGAGUGCACCAAGCGGCUUUCCAUCCAGAGGUUUCCUCAGGUUAUUGUAAUCCAUUUGAACCGCUUCACAACAUCCAGGUGGUCUAUCAGUAAAAGCACAGUGUACGUGUCUUUUCCCCUCAAAAACCUGGACCUCGGACCUUACGGACCCGUUGACUGUGGCCCAGUUUUAUAUGAUUUAUAUGCAAUCUGUAACCACGCUGGGACUGUGAAUAUGGGCCACUACACGGCCUGCUGUCUAGAUCAAAGCGGAUGGUGCUUCUACAACGACUCCAGCGCGACCUCGAUCACGGAGAACCAGCUUCAGACGAAUCAAGCCUACGUCCUAUUCUACCAACGCAGCAGCAGCACAGCCACCGUCAGGAAAUAGCCUAGAAGAUGCGGCCAAUCAGUCACCUCACCUCCGGUGUCCAUAGAAACAAAUAGAAGCAGCAGCAGUUUUAACCCUGACAUCAGCAGCAAAAAAAAAAA